ACGGUUGGAGACGGAGUGGAAGGGAGCUGGGAGAAAGAGUGGGAGUGUGAUAUUGUGUUUGUAAAGCGUAAAAGGAGGUGAGCGGAGGAGUUUAAAUAGCACCGAAGAAAUCGUAACUUUGGAGAAGGCAUCCCAAAAAUGACGACUGUUUCAGAGUUGGAAGAUGUAAUUCAGCAGCUUCGGCAGCAGCUUCAGGAGUCAGAAAGUGAGCGGAUGAAGGCAGCUCAGUAUGGGCUGGAGCUGCUGAAAAAUGAGGCUGAACUGGACAACAAAUUGACAGAAACAACAAAUGAAUUUGCUACUGUCCGAGAGCACUUGGAACAGGAAAAAUAUUCACUACAGAGAGAGGUGGAACUCAAGAAUCGUAUGUUGGACAGCAUGAGUUCAGAUAUUGAAAGUAGCAAACAGCAAUAUAAAACUCAGCUGAACCAACAACUGGAACAGCUAGAGAGAGUUCAUGCUCGUGAAAUUAAUGAACUGAAGAACAAGUUGGAAAAGCAGAAAUCUGAGCUGGAUGAAGCACAGCUCUGCGAGAAGCAGUUGAGACACAAACUGGAUCGACAGAGUGAAUUACUUAAUGCGAAGACUGAAGAAUUGAGGAACUUAUCUGAGCGUGCACAGGAAACAAUGUCAUCUGAAGUGAUGAGUCUUCAAAUGGAGAACAUUGAACUUGAAACUGCAAAGGGGAAACUGCAAGAAGACCUUAAUGAAAUGAUAUACCAUCAGGAACAGUUGGAGCUAGCUAAUAAUAAUCUUCAGCGCCAGGUUGAACGACUUCAAGAGGAGAAGGAGGACCAAGAGAAAGAGACAGUAUCAUAUUGCAAUGCAUUGGAGAAAGCACGAGUGGCUAACCAGGAUCUCCAGAUCCAGUUGGAUCAGGCAUUGCAAGAGGCUCGUGACCCCAACAGUAAAGGAAACUCAUUGUUUUCUGAGGUGGAAGAUCGUAGGGCAAUGAUGGAGCGACAGCUUAUUGGAUUGAGAGUCCAAUACCAGUCGUUACAGAAACAGCAUGCGUUCUCCCGUCAACAACUUCACCGAAUGAAGGUACAGAUAGCCACAAUGUUACAAAUAAAGGGUUUGCAGUCUGAUCCUGGACAACUUGAACGUUUGCAAUCAAUGCUUGCACAAAAGAACAAUGAAAUUCAAGCUCUCGUGGUCAAACUGCGACGUCUGGAGAAAAUGGAGAUGAAUUACGAUGCUGGAGAUAAUCCUAAUGGAGUUGAUGUUUCAGAUUUUGGAGAUGGGCAAUACUACGUUGAAUUGCUAAAAUUGCAAAUUGACAAUGCCAAGAAAGAAAAUAAGACUGUUAAUGAUGAGCUGUCCUUGCAACGCAUGAAGGCUCUUGCAGAGAGUCAACGUGUCUUAGAAGUUGAACGUAAAUUCUAUGCCAAUGAGAGACAACUGAAACAAUAUCAGAGUGAGAACAUGAAACUUCGAAUCAAGCUGGAUGAGUUGAGGCUCAAGUAUGAACCUGAAGAAGUUAAGAACCGGCCAUCAAAUCGCAAGAAGGAGAAACUUCCAUUCGAAGUACUUGAAGAAGCUCAACUAGCAUCCAACAAGGAUCCUGCUGCUGAAGCCACUCUCUCAUCUGAUAAAAUAUCUGAUGCCAGAAGCAGACAGACUGAUGCACUGCAUAAUGAGACUUUAGCUUCAUGCUUUGAACCAGUCAUUGAAGCAGUGCCAGCCUCGGCCAGUGAGGAACAAAUUACAGAACUGGAACCAGCUUGUAAACAGUCACCUUCUAAAGAAGGCAAGCGAAUACGAAUCUUGCAAGAAGUGAAUGAGGUUCAAGUUUUGUCUGAACGGAGCCACAAUGAAGUUGCUAGACCAUCACCCUCUCCAAGGGUAACCAAGAAUGAUGUGAAGCUAGAAAAGCCAGAUGAAGAAAUUGAUGAAGCAGAAGAGCUGAAACUGAAGAAAAGAGUUAAGCGUCCAAAGUUGCACCCAGUCAUCCAUGUGUCAUCUCAGCCCACCGUUGAAUCUCAGUGUGCCCAACAGUAAACAGAAUAUUCUUCUGGUAUUGAAUGCAUAAGUGCUCUAUUCAAGAUAAGUCUGGGAGAAUAUGUAAGCACGUUGUACAACUUAGUGAGCUGGUUCUUUGGAACUUGCAAAUCAUUUGUGCAUUAGGCACUUUCAAUUAAUCUUUAAUGUACAUCUCUGUGGUACUGCUGGUCGGAGAUGCUAGUAUGACACAUUUUGGUAGUGUUUGAAUUUUGUGUUCAACAGGUGCCUUUCUGCAUACAGGAGCUUGCAUUUCAACUCCACUAACUGUGAAUGAAGAUAAACAUAGGAACAAAAAGGAAAUACAACUUUAUAAAAGGAAUUACAGAUUCUCUUUUGUUGAAUAGCGUGAUUUUGGGAGUAACUCCAUGAUUUGCUAGGUCCCAUAAAACAUAAUUAGGCCUCUUAAAAUGUGGUAACCUAAUCUUUGGCAGAUUUUUUCCUUCACUAUUAACAACUUCAAAUUAACUAAUUUCAAAUUGAAUGAGAAAUUCAUAUGUUCCUGUUUUUCUGAAGCUCCAAUCUCUUCAUCUCUCUGACAGCGAAGUCUCAAAAUACACCUCUGACCUAUAACUAACUGUAUUGUUCUCUAUUAAGUAAGCCACUUGAUAGGAUUCUCUGGCUUUCAAAAGAUUUUGUUUUACCUUUUUUAAAAUAUGUAAUCCAUAUUUAAGUGUUUCUGGGUGUUAGGAAGUACAACCAAGUGUUGUAUGGACCACCAUAUUACGUCUGCUACAUUUAUUGGAAACUCUUGAUGUACAAACAAUGCCAAGGUAUGUUACUCUGAACUGCAGUGACAUCUUUUUGGGGUGGGCAGGGUGGAGUUGUACCCUAAGUGCCUAUGAACUAAGAUUCAAAACCCAUGCUCCCUGCUAAUAACAGCAAAACUCUGUAUUUUUCUAGACUAUAAUGAGAAGCUUCGCAAUCAGAUUUGGUACGUUUUCAUUUGACAACUGGGAAAAUAAUGCUAACCCUGAAAAAUAUAUUCUGACUUGGCUCAAACCUGGACCUGGGAACUGAUAUCUGUGUAUUCAUCUUGAUGAUCAGAUGGGGUAGUAGAGAACGGGCUUUAGUAUCCUAUUUGGUAUCUUGAAUUCUUACCUUUUUUAUUAAUAACUGUUUGCAGAGUGCCGAGGUUGAACUUGUUCUGUGGUUAAACACAUGGUAUAGGUAAUUUAUAACAUUGUUUUAGUAUUGUUGUGCAUCUUUCAUGGACAUUCUUUGCCUAUUAUCCAUUGCCUGUCUGAGCAAGUAAUAAUUUGCUGGGCUAUAAAAUCAUCUUGGUUAUUGAGCACAAACAGAUAACAACAGCUUUGUGUUUGCAAAUGGUUUGACAUCCUUUAGUAAAGUACAUAAACAAAAAAGGUUAUAAAUGUUUAGUCUUUGCAUUAUUCACUGCCUUGAGAGGUAUGAAUUUUUGUCUUGUUUUUGAUCCCCAUGAUCUCUUAGUUUAAACUGUUACUUGAGAUUUAUAUAUUGAUGG